UUCUGCCUGUCGUGACUUGUUGCUUGCUUGCAUGUAAACAUGCGUAAACAUAAUACAACACGUGUUGGUCUUCUUUGUUCGUUGUUUAGUUUUCCUUUUUAUUUUUGAGGGCAAUAAGUUAUGUUGUACGUUUUAAUUCAGCGUGUGUUUUAUUUUGAGAAUAUAUAGUGUAAUAGCGGUAACGUUGUCAGUGAAAAAUGUGCAACGACUUUGCUGUUGCGUAAAUCAUUUGAAACUCUAGUUAAGCAUCAGAUUAACCGGAAAACACUUAGAAUAAUCCAGGAGUAAUAUAUCAUGACGGAAUUUACUCCAUAUAUUUCUGCUGAAUUGGCAGCCACUUGCGAUGCGCUUGGUUAUUACGAUGGCUAUAAGUAUCAUUUGGACAAAAACUGCCUUGAGGUCAUAAAAGAUUUAAUAAAAUAUCUACGAAGAGAUGACUCUACUCAUGUUGUUCGUCGCUAUCUCGGACACUCGAAAAUCGUUCAAACCGAUCUUAUUAAAAUUUUUGUCGAACAUACCGACAAACAAGAACUUUGGGAUGUUCUCUUACGGUUGAUGAUCAAUUUAACGAGUUCGGCUUUGAUGUUUUAUAAUGACGAAUUGCCGACGGAGAAAGUCACUCGAACCCUUUAUCAAGAAAUCGUUUCUCAUUUGCAAGGCUACAAAAUUGCUCUUACCGAAGAGGGAGUUUGGAAUACGGUUAGAGAUCAUCUUAGCAAAUUGUUGAGUAUUGAUACAUCAGAAAGGGGAGAGGAAAAUGAAAUAAUAAUCGAACGUAUCCUCACAUUUAUCAGGAAUGUUUUACAAAUUCCACCACCUGAUAAUGAUUUACGUAUCGAUAAUGAUGCUACUGUACACGACGAGUUACUAUUUGCCCUGCAUUCGUCCGGAACUGUCGAUCUUUUACUUUUUAUUGCCAGUAACAGAAGCGAGCAACAUUAUCAUUUGCAAAUUUUAGAGAUAAUAUCAUUGAUGUUGCGUGAGCAGAAUCCAAGUAAAUUGGCCACUGUUGGAACACAGCGAAGUACAAUGGAAAAAGAAAAGGAUGAAGAGAGAUUAUUGGCAAUUAAAGAAAAGGAGAAAUAUGAGAAGAAGGAGAAAAUACGAAAAUUCGCUGGUUCAAGGCACUCGAGAUUUGGUGGCACUUAUAUUGUGCAGAAUAUGAAGGCAAUAGGAGAAAACCAGUUGAUCUGCCACAAGCCUUAUCAGAAAAUCGAGGCUCUUGAAUUUGGCACGGAAAAGAUGAAGGUGAAAAAACCGAAAAAUAGGAGAGCCAUGGCUGAUACUAUGGUAGAACGCGUUUCCGCAUUCAGUGUGAGGCUAUUCCUAAAGGAAUUUUGCGUCGAGUUUCUGAAUGGCGCUUACAAUCCAGUGAUGAGAUACACGAGAUCUUGUAUAAAUAAUGCCAAUUCUGAUGGACAUGUUGAUGCACGUUUCUACCUUUGGGCAAUGCGUUUCUUUAUGGAGUUCAAUCGAAAUUACAAGUUUCAUGUGAAAUACGUGAGCGAGACAAUAUCAACAGAAAUAUUUCAUCUCGUCCAGAGACAAAUGGAGGAAUAUUACGAGAUAUUGUCAUUGGAGAAGAAAAAGACCCAGUUAUGGUCGGGAAGAUUGCAUCUUGCUUUGAAAGCGUACCAGGAGUUGCUUCAUACAUUACUGGCAAUGGAUAAAAGUCCAGACAAAGGCGUUCAAAACUCGAGCAAAGUCAUCAAGAGUAAUAUAUUCUAUGUUCCUGAAUAUCGGGAAACGAUACUUUCCCAGCUGCUGUGUUUCAAUGAACUAAAAAUGCCGAGGGCAUAUCUCGUCGAUCUCACGGUGACGACACACAUUUUCCUGAAAACCCUUGAGCAUUUUUGCGGUAAAGGAAGAACCGUUAUUGUUCAGAAUAAAAAGAAAAAAUCCAAGAAACGCACGAAAAAGCCUGUCAAAGGAAAAUCACAAGCACCGCCAGUUGUACUGAGUUUGGAAGAUCGAUGGGAUGAUGUUGGACCAGAAUUGUCAGCUGUUAUGCAAUCAAAUCAGAUUCCAGUUGUGAUGCCUUUUGAUGCCACACUGGACACCCCAAUAGAUGAGCAAAAGAAUGAUGCCAUGAAGAGAAUUCAAAUAUUCCUUCGCAAAAAACAACUCGAGGAGUCGAUUGGACUUUUUCGUGCUGCAAGAGAUGUUUGGCCCGAGAACGACUGUUUCGGAAGUGUUAAUAUGCCUGUGGAGGAGGAAUUUCUGGCACUGCGAGAAAUUUUCUUUGCUGAUUUGGGUGUUCCAGAAGAAAUUUUAAAUGUGAAUGGCCAAGAACAAGUGGGAGAAGAACAGAUGGAAUACAAUGAUGAAGAGGAAGAAGACGAUGAGGAGGAUGAGGAAGAAAUGGAAGAACGACGCACUUGUGUGGAAACUGAUUUCGUUUUUAUAGAUUUCAUUCGCAGGUUUGCCAAUAUGAAAGUGGUUAAAGCGAUGGCACUUCUUCUUCAGGGAUUCGAAAUGAAUUCAAUAGAAGUGAAUCACUAUAUCAUCAAAAUGUUACAUCGCAUCGCUUGGGAUUGCAAAAUGAGCGCCAUGAUUUAUCAGGCAUCGAUAUUUAGAAUUUUUCAAAAAAUUCUCGAUUCCAAAUCACCAGAGCACAAGGAGCUGAAAAAGUUUGCCAUCUUUAUAAUUCGCAGUUUCACGGAGAUCGCACAAAAGAAUCAUAAAGCGUACAUGGAAUUGCUGUUCUGGAAAACGACCCUCCAAGCCACCGAAAUGGUUGAGGGCUACGACACACAACCAACAAACAAGAAAGUUUCUCGCGCCGUCUGGUCCGAGGAAGAAGAAGACGAACUACGCACCUUAUUCAUGGAGCAUCAAACUAACAAGUAUCCUCAAGAUUUAAUCGAUUGGCUUUUGGAUAAUUUGAUCAAUAAGGACCGAACAAGUCGUGGUGUAAUGAAAAAAUUACGAGAAAUGUGUCUCAUCGUUAAUUCAAAGUCUGUGAGAAAUGAAAUUCAAAGGAGACUACCCAAGGAAUGGUCUGAGGAGGAAGUCGCUCAAUUGACAGAACUUUGGGAACAUGUCAAAGAGGAAAAUGAUCCUGUGGACCUUAUUUAUGACGGAUUGCGGAUCAAGCGACCCAAAUCAAAGAUCAAAGAGAAACUUCUUGAAUUGGGAUUGGCGACGGAUCGAAAGGAGUUGCGUAAAAAACGCAUCAAGAAAAGUAACGCAGAACCAAAAUCAUCAUGGGAAAUUGGAUCGGGAAGUGAUUCCGGAACAGAUUCUGAUGAUGAUUCUGAAAGAGAUGGAUCGACAUCUUCACGAAACGUUCCAUCAACUUCAAGGAAACAACAAAAGAAACGGAAGCAAACGAAGAAAUCCACGUUUAUUUACUCCGAUGCUCAAUUAUCAGGAUUGUUGAAGGACGUGAUUAAUAAUGGCAUGCAGGAGGCGUUGAAGUGGAUCAAGGAAAGUUUGGAAGAAUCCUUAGAAGAUAGGGACGAGGAAAGUGAUGAAGGAAUUGCCCUCGUGCCAUUGACCAGCGAAACAUCGGCGGCAAUGGAUUCGCCGAGUUUUCAACGACUUAUUCGCGCAAUGGGAAUUGAACAUCCGGACCAUGAGCAAGCCUAUUGGAGAAUACCGGCCGAAAUGCUUCCGGCCACCAUCAAGAAACGCUGCAAUCUCAUUGAAGCUGCACUGAGAGGUGAAUUCAUUACUGAAGAGCCCAAGAAGUUAACCACGAUCGAUUCGGAUUCCGACGACGACGACGAUGUGCUCGAGAAUUUGAGAAAAUACUACAAAAAGAACAAUGCUGACCUCCUUGAAAAAGAAGAGACCGAAAAGGUAAAAUUAAACACGGAACAAAUUCAAUUAGCGUCAAAUUCCUCGGAUUCUGAAAUUAAAAGUACAAAAGUUCCGAAUCUAAAUUCAACUAACGAAGAGACGGGACAGCAAAAAGCAAUACAAAUAUCAUCAGAUUCGGAAACGGAAAGUACAAAAGUCUCGAAAAAAAAAGAAAAUAAAGCGAAUCGAAAAACUAUUACGGAACGAGUUCAAUUAGUGUUGGAUUCCUCGGAUUCCAAAAUGGAAAUAACAAAAAUUUCGACUCUAAAUUCGAAAAAAGAAGAGAAAACGACUAAAAAUUUGAAAUUGAAACGAAUUCAAUCAGUGUCAGAUUCAACGGAUUCCGAAACGGAAAGCACGAAAAAUAUCGUCAAUUUAAAUUCGAAAAAAGAAGAGUCAGCAAGCCGAAAAUCAAAAACGGAAAGAAUUCAAUUAAUCUCCAAUUCUUCGGAUUCCGAAACUGAAAAUCCAAAAAUCAUCAUUCCAAAUUUGAAAGAAUCGAAAAGGGAACGCUCAGAGAAUUCAGAGAAAGAUACGCCUCUAACAAAAAAACGUCGAGUGUUGCAGAGCGACGACGAAGAGGAGGAAGAUCACGAAAGCGCAAAAAUUCCGAAAAUAAAACAAACCCGUAUAAUCGUAAGCGACGAAGAAGAUUAAAUUGGACAUUUAAACAUUUUUUAAUCGUCAAAAAUUCCAAUUUUUUUUAGUUCGAAAACAAAAAAACUCUGUUUCCAUUAUUUGCAAAUAUUACGAAAAAUGAAGAAAAAAAACCCUAUAUUUAAUUUUCAGAAAUUUAUUUUUUGUCCCAAGCGUUUGAGAUUUGUGUAAAAAAAAUCCCCUCCCCUUACAUUUUUAUUAUCCGACACAAGGAAAAUGUCUACUUUUCUCUUUUUCUUUUAUAGUUAAAAAUUAUUACUUAUGUUAAAAUUAGUAAUUUUUGGAUAAAUUUUCUUCAGUUAUUAUUGAUUUUGAAAUGCUCGUUAUCAGAGUUGAGUAAAACAGAAUUAUGUUUAAACUCGUAAGCUUCAUGACAUCUAGCAGAAUGUUACUGAACUCUGAAGUAUUAUUAUCACAGAAUGGUAGAAUGUCGCUUAUCGUCUGUUCGCUACUCAAGAAGGAAUCUACUUUUUAAAAUUUACAUUUUCUUCUCAAUUGUCAAAAACGUUUUUGCCUUUUUUUAUUAAAAUUAAGUUUUUACCUGCGUAAGAAGAAAAAAAUUGUUUUAAUCUUAAAAUAAGUUUUUGCUGUAAAAAUUUUUCGAAAAGGUAUUUCUUUUUUAUAACUUUGUACUGCGGUAUAUUAAUUUUUUGUAGCAAAAAUACUCUUAAGUAACAUUAUUCAAAAUGCAUUGUAAUUUUUUAUGAAAACUGCGAAUUUUCACAUUUCACUUUUACGAAAAUACAAAUAAUUGUACUAAAUAAUAUUCUUGUAUUAAUAUAAUUUCAAAAAUUGAAUAAAUAAAUAGAUAAACGAUAAAUAA